AUGAGUAUUGAUAUUGGAAAAAAAGGUUUCGGAACCAUGUCUAUGACUUGGGUGCACCAUCCCCAACCAUUGGAAGAGUCUAUUAAAACUUUAGAACAUGUUAGAACUAAAUAUGGAGUCAAAUUCUUCAAUGGGUCUACCUUUUACCAUGUAGGUCCUGAACCAUUGAAUUUGAAGUUAUUAAGAGAAUUUGCAAUUGCAGCCAAAGAUCCUGAAUUGAUCUUCUCUAUUAAAGGAGGAAUGAGUAGGGAAGUCUUAUUUAAAUUCGAAACUGACAAAAAAGGUAUUGACUCAGAUAUGGAAUUAUUGGAUGAAUAUUUCGGUGAUUUAAAUCCUAAACCGAAGUUGGUGUAUGAAAUUGCUAGAGUUGGGUCUGUUCCUAUUGAAGAAUCAAUCGGGUUCAUUUACGAGCACGUCAAAGCUGGUAGAAUCGAUGGUAUUUCCUUGAGUGAAGUUGGUGUUGAAUCUAUCAAAAAGGCAGUUGCUGUAGCUCCUAUUUCUUGUUUAGAAGUAGAAAUCUCCUUAUUCGCUCAAGAUAUUGUCAAGAAUGGUAUUUUGGCUGAAGCCGCUAAAAACCAAAUUACCAUCGUUGCAUAUUCUCCUUUAGCAAGAGGUAUUUUGACUGAAAAAGCCUUGGAACCUGAUUUCUUGGAUCAACUUAAAGCUAGUGGUAAUCAUGCUGCCGCUUUUGAUAAGUUUCAACCUGAUACCUUCCAAAAAAAUAUGAGUUGUUUGAAGAAGUUACAUGAUUUUGCUCAUAAUAAAAAGAACAUCACUUUGGAAUCUUUGUCUUUGAGUUACUUAAAUAGCUUAUCAGGACUUAAGGAGUUCGAAGGAAUCAAGAAUAUCCCAGCAAUUGUACCAAUCCCUUCAGGAAAAUCAAUUGAAAGAGUAGAUCAAAACUACUCCACCUUAGUUGAAUUAUCUCCGGAGGAGAUUUCUGAAAUUCAAGCGAUCUUGCAUGAAAACGAAGUCAUUGGUUCAAGAUAUACUGAGGCUUUAUCUCACACAUUAAACGGUUAG